AUCCAACAAUUCUUUUAUUAUUAUUAUUAAAAAAAAACAAGAUUUAAAUAAGAAAAAGAAGAAGGAACCUAGGAUGUUUCUUGUUUCCACAUAGUAGAAAGGUUUGAUUACAUGUUUGAAGACCGACGAGCAAGCCCAAAGUCUUCAUUUUCCACCAAACAAAAUAAAUAAAUUAAGAGGUCAUAAGCUGACGUGGUUAUUGAAUGGAUGACGUCAUCUUGAUAAGCAAUUUGUUUUGCUGCCUUCGACGAAACUAUCCCCACUUCCAGAACGUCUGUUUCCGCCAAACAUUUCUUCCGCCAUUUCCCCCACGUGCCCAUCUCACGUGCCCUUCUUGUUGAAACAAUCUUUUAACCGAAAUCAACGGCCCUGAUUUCCCCAAUAUUCUCCCAUUGACCACCUUCCAGGCCACCAUAAAUACCUUCCACUUAAGCUCUCUUCUUUCCCUUCUUACAAAAGAGAAAAGAAAAAUAUUUCUCCUAUAUUUUUAUCUGCUUUUUUGCGCCCUGGACAUGAGUGAGACCAUGUCUACUCCCACUGACUGGCCGCAGUUUUACGAUCAUGCUCUUUCUAACCAGGAAAUACCGAACCGCGUUCGUGUUUUGACUGCCGAAUCGGUGUUCGGCGACCAAGGUUCCGACACCGCCGUCCUCACCACUCCAACUGUCACCUCCAGCAGCGCUCCUGUAAGCUUGUUAGGGUCGGGACGAGGUGGGGGUUUGAGCGGUGGUCAUUUGAGCCCCGAAGGGCGCGUCGGGAAGCCAGUCCGAAGACGAUCAAGGGCUUCGAGGCGAACCCCUACUACCUUGCUCAACACGGAUACCACCAAUUUUCGAGCCAUGGUUCAACAAUUCACUGGCGGUCCCAGUGCUCCUUUCGCAGGGGGAGCUCCUCACCAUGGCGGACCAAAUUUCGGGUUCGGGUUCGGAACCCGUCAUCAACCCCAUAAUAGUAACCCUAAUAACCCUCUCAUGCUUCCUCCCACCGGUUUUCACUUGCAAUAUCAACAACAACAGCAGCAGCAUCAAAAUCCAUUAAUUCACCACCAAAACCAGCCGUUGAUGUUUUCAUUGAACAGCAAUGAUAAUAACCCAGCGCCGGGGGAGCUUUUUUUUCAAAGACUAGGUGUUGGUGGUGGUGUGAACAUGCAAGGGUCGGAUGUUUCGUCACAGGUUCCACCCUCUAGAACAUCAACUUCGUCAUCCAAUGACAAUAGGAGUAACCCUAGGCUCAUGUUUUGAGAUUAAUGAGAGGGACAUAAAGCAGAAUGUUAGGUACUGACUUGUCUUAGGGAGAAAUUAAACAUUGACCAAUGUAAAUAUUUUCCCUUUUUUUUAUUUCUUUCUUUUCUUUUUAUGCCAAUCCAAUUCCAAACGUUUGGAGGGGGGGUUUAAUUUAUAGCGAUUAAAUUAAUGGGGGGGGGGGGGAUGGAGGAUUCUUGUUUUCAAAAACCAGGGGCCUACUACUAUGGUAAACCCAGUUUCAGCAAUUUUAUAAUAUUAGCUAUCUAGUUUUUCAUGUUUUCUUCUUCCUUUGAAAAAUAAAUGAAAAAUCUGCUGUGGUUCUACGUGUGAAA